GGCCGGGCAGAGCGAACGGCCGAGCGGGCGGCGGGGGCCCCGGGGCGAGCGGCGUCCCAGCCUCGGCGCUCCGAGGGCGGCGGAGGUGCGGCCCGGAACCAUGGUGAUCAUGGCCGAGUUGAGCGCGGCCCCGGCGGGCUCGGGCCAGGGCCAGCAGAAGCCUCUCCGGGUGGGCUUCUACGACAUCGAGCGGACCCUCGGCAAGGGCAAUUUCGCGGUGGUGAAGCUGGCCCGGCAUCGAGUCACCAAAACGCAGGUUGCAAUAAAAAUAAUCGACAAAGCACGAUUAGAUUCAAGCAAUUUGGAGAAAAUCUAUCGAGAGGUUCAGAUCAUGAAGCUUCUGAAUCAUCCUCACAUUAUAAAGCUCUAUCAGGUUAUGGAAACAAAGGAUAUGCUGUACAUUGUCACUGAAUUUGCAAAAAAUGGAGAAAUGUUUGAUUACUUGACCUCCAAUGGGCACCUGAGCGAGAGUGAAGCCCGGAAGAAAUUCUGGCAGAUUCUGUCAGCCGUGGAGUACUGCCACAGCCACAACAUCGUCCACCGGGACCUAAAGACGGAGAACCUGCUGCUGGAUGGCAACAUGGACAUCAAGCUGGCAGAUUUUGGGUUUGGGAAUUUCUACAACUCAGGAGAACCUCUGUCCACGUGGUGUGGAAGCCCCCCAUACGCAGCCCCGGAGGUCUUCGAGGGGAAGGAGUAUGAAGGCCCCCAGCUGGACAUCUGGAGCCUGGGCGUCGUGCUGUAUGUCCUCGUGUGCGGGUCUCUGCCCUUCGAUGGGCCCAACCUGCCGGCGCUGCGGCAGCGGGUGUUAGAAGGCCGCUUCCGCAUCCCCUUCUUCAUGUCCCGAGACUGCGAGACGCUGAUUCGCCGCAUGCUGGUGGUGGAGCCCGCCAAGCGCAUCACCAUCGCCCAGAUCCGGCAACACAGGUGGAUGCAGGCCGAGCCGGCGCUGCUGCUGCCGGCCUGCCCAGCCUUCUCCCUGCUUGGCUACACCUCCAGCGUGGGCGACUAUGACGAACAGGCCCUGGGCAUCAUGCAGACGCUGGGCGUCGACCGAAAGAAGACCGUGGAGUCACUGCAGAAGAGAAGCUACAACCACUUUGCAGCCAUUUAUUACCUCCUCGUGGAGCGGCUGAAGGAGUACCGGCUCGCCCAGCCAGCCCGCCCUGGCCCUGCCCGGCAGCAGAGGCCCCGGAGCACAGACCUCAGUGGUUUCGAGGUGCCUCAGGAAGGCCUCCCUGGAGACGCUCUCCGUUCCGCCCUGCUGUGCACACAGCCCCAGACCUUGGGGCAGUCUGUCCUACAGGCCGAAAUGGACUAUGACCUCCACAGCUCCCUGCAGCCCCUGCUGCUCCCCAUGGACACCAGCUGCGGCGGGGUGUGCCGGCAUCGCUCCAUCUCCCCCAGCAGCCUUCUGGACACGGCCAUCAGCGAGGAGGCCAGGCCAGGCCCGGGCCUGGACGAGGAGCAGGAGGUGCAGGAGCCCCCGCCCGGCAGCACAGGCCGGAGGCACACGCUGGCCGAGGUCUCCACCUGCUUCUCCCCAGGCGCCCCUCCAUGUAUUGUCGUCUCGCCCUCUGCGGCCAGUCCUUGUGAAGGCACCAGCUCAGACAGCUGCCUGACCUCUGCGGGUGAUGGCCUAGCCGGGCUCAGUGGACACCCGGCUGCUCAGGGGCUGGUGGGCGCCUGCUCCCCAUUCAGAUUGGCCUCACCACUGCUGGGCACCCAGUCUGCCACGCCCAUGCUGCAGGCGCAGGGGGCCCUGCGAGGAGCCGCCCUGCUGCCCGUCAGCUUCCAGGAGGGCCGGAGGGCGUCAGACACCUCGCUCACUCAAGGGCUAAAAGCCUUCCGGCAGCAGCUGAGGAAGAACGUGAGGACCAAGGGGUUCCUGGGGCUGAACAAGAUCAAGGGGCUGGCACGCCAGGUGUGCCAGCCCUCAUCCUCCAGCCGGGCCUCCCGGGGCGGCCCGCAUGCCUUCCAGCUGCCCGCACAGAGCCCAGGCCUGCACGGCGGUGGAGCCGGCAGCUGGGAGGGCAGGGGCAUGCUGGAGGACGUGCUGCAGCAGCAGAGGUUGCUUCAGUUACAGCACCACACAACGGCCCCAGCCAGCUGCCAGCCAGCCCCCUUGGUCCUCGCCCCCUGCGAUGGCACCCUCCAUGUGUCAGGACUGCAGAAGGAUCUGGGGCUGGGGCCCAGCCCUCUGCUGCCGCCCCAUCUGCUCCAGGCUGGCAUCUCCCCCGUGGCCUCGGCUGCCCAGCUCCUGGAUGCCCACCUGCGCAUCAGUGGCUCCACGGCUCCCAGCCCCGCCGCAGCAGCCCCCCAGCCACGCUUUGCCAUGCUGCCCGUGAGCCUGGAGCCCACGGGGCUGCCCCACGGGGACUGUGAGAUGGAAGACCUGACCUCAGGCCCACUGGGCACCUUCGUCCUGGUGCAGUGAGGGCCCCAGCUGGGGCAGCUGACUUCUUGAAGCAAUAAUUUCAGAGUAUGUGAAGAUGGUUCCCGAUGCAAAGCCAAUAACUUUCCAGAAGAGAAACAAGCAAUAUGUUUGGUGUUUUGGAUUUUUUAGUUUAUUAUUUUUUUUUUCCUUGCACUGAGCAACUGUAACUCCGAGUAGAGACUGGAAACUUUUUGAAGAAAAAUAAUAAUCCAGGGGCCUGUUGUUGGGACCGGUGGAUGGGAUGGGGAGGAGGGCAGUGGGUGGAGCCGGCAGUGGUAUGGGCAGGGUCACAGGGGGGUGGCCAGUUGGCCCCAGGAAACCAUGGUGUGAGCUGUGUGUCUCCAUUGUGUGUGUGUAUGCGCAUGUGUACGUGUGGAUUAGUGUUUUGUUUUUUUUUCUUCACAAUUCUCCACUUCCUGAAACACUUACACUUCACUUGAAAACUGUGAACUUUCCACUUUAUGUAUCAGUUUUUGAAAAGCUCUAACCUCCAGUCCAAGAAAAGACGA